GCGGAGACAGUUGAGGAAGAGCGUUGGAAUGCAGUCCAGCCUACGCUGAUUCUAUACAUUUUCAGCACUAUGGACUGUUCCAUUUUGCUGCGCGAGCGGACCGAGUGGGUAUAAAAGAACAAGAGCAACGCUGCUUUGCCUGCACAUCAGCACAUCUAAGUCCAGAGAGGCAGUAUGUACCACAGUAAGGAGCACCGGUCGGGUUCUCCGCAUAGGGGAAGUCAAGCGGAGUAUUCUUGCUAUCAGCCUAAACUCACCGGAUCUCCCUUGACGUCCAGGAGAGUUGGCUUUGAGUCAACUACCGCCUUAACGAACAUUGAUUAUGUACAGACGACGAAGAGGGAAUCUGGAUCGGUUCUGACAUCAUCCAAGAGCUUUUUAGAUUUCUCAAACCCACUUACCGGGGUGUUGACGAAAAUUAAUGAGAAAGAACUACUCCAUGCUCUGAACAACCGUUUUGCAGGGUUUAUUGAGAAGGUGCGUCAUUUGGAGAUUCAAAAUGAGUCGCUCGAGAGGGAAAUCGAGGAAAUCAAACAAAAGGCACAAUCCCCUGCGUCUCUAGCCCAGGUACACGAGCCGGAGCUGAGAGACCUGAGGAAACGACUACACGACACCACACUAGAGAAGCGUCAGAUCGAGAUAGAACAUCAGAACCUGGAGAAAGAAUUCCUCACCUUGAGAGACAAAUACGAACAGGAGGCUCGGGACCGAUCAAAUGCAGAGAACAGCAUCCUGGUGCUGAAAAAGGAUGCCAAUGAAGCAUACCUGGGCAAACUUCAGCUGGACAAGAAAGCGCAGGCUCUGGUGGAAGAGAUCCACUUUCUGAAGAAGAACCAUGAAGACGAGGUGUCGGAGAUGGUGGCUCAGAUCCAAGAGGCUCAGGUGACGGUUGAGGCGUGCGGUUUUGGCAAACCUGACAUCACUGCGGCUCUCCGGGACAUCAGGAUGCAGCUGGAAGGUCACGCCGCCUCCGACAUCCAGCAGCCGGUGGAAAGCCUUCGGGUCCAGUUCGCACAUUUGACAAAAGUAGCAGAGAACAAUAGAGCGGUGCUUAAAAUUACCCAACAGGAGAUUCAAGAGAACAGAAAGCAACUCCAAGGGAAGAACAUUGAACUGGACUGCGCAAAAGGAACUAAAGAUGCCCUGGAAAAACAAUUACAUGAGCUGGAAGAGCGUCACUAUGAACAAAUUAUUCAUUACCAGGACACUGUCAGGCAGCUGGAGAAUGAGCUGACUAAUGCUAAACUAGACAUGUCUGGCCAUCUAAGAGAAUACCAGGACUUACUGAAUGUCAAAAUGGCUUUGGAUGUAGAGAUUCACUCUUACAGGAAACUCCUGGAGGGUGAGGAGUCCCGUCUGUCCACCAUCUCUGAUACCCACAUCUCCAUGCCCUACAUCUACCGCCAGUCCCCUGUCUACACCCUGCCUUGCUUGGCUGGACAGGGAGGCCACAAACGCAGGUCUGAGCCCCAAUACAAGUUUGUAGAAGAGAUCAUCACAGAGACCACCAGAGAGGUUGAGAUGUCAGAGUUUGAGGAGGCAGGUUCCAAGGGGAUGGCCGGGGGAGAGGGGGAGAGAGAGGAGCAAAGAGAGGAGGAGCAAAGAGAGGAGGAGCGAGAGCUAAGUGAUAAAGCUGAAAGGAGUAGGGAAAAGGAAGAUGAAGACAAAGAUGGAAUUAUAGUAGAUCUUAAACAGGAAGAAGAUUCUGAGGAACAACAGAUGGAAACAUUAGCAGAGGUUGUGAUAAAUGGAGUUAGUCCUAGUGAAAGAGGAAAAAGAAGGGAAGAUGACAAAGAGGAGGAGGAAAAGGAACAAGAGCCAGAUGCAAUUAAAGUGAAAGAUACUAAAAUGAUUGUCCAUUCAGCUGAGAUGACUAGUCAGGGAGAGAAGGACAAAGGGGACAAAUCAGAUGAGCAAGACAGUGACAUAAAUGAUGCAGUAGAGACUAAAAACAAUGACACCCUAAACUACGAUAUGUCCCAACGAGAGGUUCCCCUAAAGAUUGACAUUUCAGCAGAACCAAAAACAGAACGUUUGAUGAAGGAUCAACCACAAUUUUCCCUUGAGAACAUCUGCAAAGAGCCUAAGGAAAGCAAAAAAGAGGGCAAUCAGAAAGUGCAGAAUGCCUCAUCACUAAAACAGAGAGCUGAUGAGAAGGAACAAAGAGAGCUAGACCAACCAGAAGACGCAGAGAAUGCUGUGACAACACAAAAGGAAAUCUAUGUCAAACCAGUCUCAACUGUCACUCGUGAAGAAGAAACUUCUGUUGAAACAGACCCAAACAUCACUCCUAAAGAAACAAUCCCAAAAUGUAAACCCACUCUUAUUCCUGAAGAAAUAUUGCCAAAACCUGAUCCAGUGGUCCCCCUCAAAGACAAGAUAUCCCCCAAACAAGAUCAAAGCAUCUCUCCUAAAGAAGAAACAUCUAAACAAGAAUCAAACAUUACAUUUGAAGAAGCAAUGUCAUCAAAAUCAAACCCAAUAAUUACUCCUAAAGAAGAAACCUCCCCAAAACUGGACUCAACUAACAGCUCUGCCAAAUCAGAUCCAAGCAUCAUUCCACUAGAAAAAACUACAAAACCAGACCGAACUACCAUCACUCAAGAUGAAACUUCCCUCAAACCCGACCCAACAAUCACUCUUAAAGCAGAAACCUCCCCAGAACUGGAAUCUACCAUCACCCCUAAGCAAGAAACCUUUCUUAAACCAAACACAACCAUAAUCCCUAAAGCCAUGCCUGAAGUAAGGACUUCCCCCAAACCAAAACCAACCAUCACACCUAAAGAAGAAACUACCCCUAAACUGGAAUUAACCAUCAAAAAGAGUGAAACCACCAGCAGUGGUGAAAAAGAUGAGACAAAUACACUACCAAUUAAACAGGUACCUUCAAUUGCCAAGAGAGAGGUCUUACACAGCAAGGAGCCAGCGAUUAACACAACUCAGGAGAAAUCUGAGGAAAGUGUGGCCAAAGAUCCUGAGAAUGUUACAGAUUCCAAAGACAAAACCCCAAAUACAGAGAGUGUGAAGGCGAAGGCCUUUGAGGCGAAAUCUGAACAAGCAGAGAUAGCUACAAAGACAUCACCAGUGAAAGAACAGAAUCUAUCCACCAUGGGUAUGAAAGAGAAAACAGUUAACAGGCCAGAAAGAGAAGAGGUAAAAUCUAAAAUCAAUGAGAAUGGCUUUACACUUGGUGACGAGAAGAAUAGAGAUGACACAAAUACAAAGAACACAGGGCAAGCGGUUGAGGCAACUACAAAGGAGGCUAAGCCUAAAACCUGGGACUUCACCUCUUUUUAGAAUGUUGGUGAGAACAUGUAGAUGUUUUCUGUAGAACCGCAUUAAUGCGUUUGUGCAAGGCAAGACCUCAAAGUGAGAACUGCUCAGGCUUUAAAGAUUAUCUGUUGUUUAAUAAAUACAGUAUCAUGAUUAAUGACUGUCAUUUUGAUGCACAAAUAAUAAACUCCUACAAAAGAGAAGUAUUACAAUACUGAAUGCAACAAAUGUCAAGUUGGAUUUUACUGUAUCUGUUCUGCAAAACGGAUGGCUUAGGGAUGAAAGAGUGAAAUAAAAGCAAUUUGAAAAACAA